UCUCUACUUGUAGUCCUAUCGAAAGUCGCGCAUCUUUAGCGAAAAGUGCAAAAAUAUUAAUCCGAAGAAAUUUUCUUUUUUAUCAUAUAGCGCAGCACCCAUUCACUAAAAGUCAAAGCAUUUAUUACACUUAAGUAGCUUAAGCAGAUUUCAAAGGUUAAGGCGACCCACAAAACCCCCGCAUACUCCGACAGACGCGAAAUAAAUUUCCCCUACCUCAGCAACACAUACACAACACCAAUCCAAUGAAAGGGUCACGGGCGGUAUUUCAGUUCUUUUUCAUUUUUCUGGGCGUUCUUUGAGGGUUUUCCCCAUAGUCGUAGCUUAAGUCUGUAUAUUUAAAAAAAAAAAAAACAAUAUUACUUUCUGUUUUUUGCCCUCCAUUACAUUGUUAAACCCGAACAAACAAACCAACCAAACCUUUUCCAAAUGAUCAACAUCCAGACAAUAGAAAAUGUGUCAGAUUGCACUCCACUUUACCUGCCGCACAGCUUGUACCUCAAGCCGGUGGCUAAAAUGCAAAUCUCCGUAUCGCUACCGGCGAUUAAGUCCGGCAAAUCUGUGUCCAAUCUGGAGAUAAUAGACAAGCUGGGCGUCGAGCUCAAACCGGAUAAGUUUCUGCUUCUAAAGGUUUCCAAGAGCACAGUUAACACAAUACGCCUGGAAGCGGAACUGGAUGAUCGCAAACGCCUUCGAUUGGCCAUCCAACGCCUGGAUGGCGUCUCUUUGCGCAUCACCGGCUUCAGUGAAUCCUUCCGGGUGCGUUGCACCGAAUCGAAAGAUGAUUUUCCCACACGGCACGACUGGGACUCGUAUUUUCGAGAUGCCCGGAAUAUGGACGAAAUGAAGGCAGGCGAACGUCCAGACACUAUUCACCUAAGUCACCUGCCAAUGCGAUGGUUUUGUCCCCGGCACGCGGAGCACGAGGAGCAGGUCAAGCCAAGCGAGGGCAUAUUUAGGCGCAUCUUUGAGAAGUUUGGCCGUGUCCGCGCCGUGGACAUACCUAUCUGUGAUCCUUAUCGGAAAAGCAUGCAGUCGGCCAUUAGUGGCAUGCGAACUUUUAGUUUUGAGCAGGAUGUUCUCUUCGAAGCAUAUGUCCAAUUCGAAGAGUACUCCAGUUUCGUACGGGCUAUGGACGAGUUCAGGGGCACAAAGCUUGUCCGCAAGUUCGUAGACAAAACCCAGGCCAUCAACAUUUGCGUAAACUUCGACAAGCAAAAGCAUCUCAGUGACUCGCACGUUCAGCUACGGGAACGCAUGCGAAAGAAGUGCAUCGCAAAAGCUCAGGCCGAGGAUGCGGAGCGGGAAAAGUUAAAGAAGCAGGAGGCCGAACAGUUGGAACGCGAAAGGCAAAAGCAAGAAGAAUUGAAAUUAGCAGAAGCGGCAAAACAACGAGAACGUGAGGAAAGGCGGAAAGAAAAGCAUCUGAAAAAAAUCCAAGAGCGCGGCCAGGUGGAGAUCUCGCAAAAGAUACGCGUCGAGGAACGCAAACUGAUGAUAGCCCAACGCAAGCUGGAAAGCAUUCGCACCUUAGAGAAGCUAUUCGAGCGGAUACAGCUAAAGCAAAAGGAUAAAAGUCGUCGGGCGAAGCAAGAUGAAGCCAAGGACAUCCAACGUGGACGUCUGGUGGAAAAGUACAAGGCUGCCACAGAGAAACUAGUUUGUGAUCAGCGCAAAAUCGUUCAAGACAUCAAGAGCAAUACUCCUCUAAUGGGUCUUCUGAAAAGCAAGUCUAAAAAAAGCUCCGCGCCUUUAGAUGCAAGUAGUGAUGAGGAUUCAGUGGCGACGUCUAGCAAAAGACACAAAACUAGCAAUGGCGUCGAAGGCACAAAACAGUCUGAGGACGCCAAAGCCAACACUUUAAAUCCUCUCAAAGCAGUCGCCGCCAUAGCGGCUGGCGCUGUACCUGGGGGACCAGGUGCAUACAGUGCCGAUGCAGCCAACGAGUGGAUGCAGUCUCUUUCAAUGUUCGGUUACGGGAUGCCUGGUGUCUUUCCCGGAGCGCUGUACAGACCGCAGGCACCGUUCCCUGUCCCCAGCAUCUACCGUGGAUUCGCUCCACGCAUCCGCGGUCGUGGAAGGGGUCGCGGCAGCGGAAUUCGUGGCAGUCGCAAAAGAUUUGAUUCGUAUUACAGUUACAACGAUCGCUAUACUGACGAAGAGGAUAAUGGUUAUUACCACAGGUCAUCACGUGGCAGGAAUCGCUCACGUUCCAACUCAUCAUACUCCAGAAGUCGAAGCCGCUCUCGGGGUCGCCGUAUUGUUUGUCGUUCAAGGCGUUCUCAAUCGCGCAGUCGGAGUCGCAGCCGCUCUCACUAUCGGAAAUCGUCGUACUCAUCACGGUCGAGACGCAGCCACAGUCGAUCUCAUUCGCGUAGUCGCAGCAAGACACCGUCACAGACUAAAAACCGCAAGCUGGCCUCCACUCGCCGUUCACGCUCGAUCAGUUACUCCCGAUCGCGGUCUCGAUCGCGUUCUCACUCCCGCAGGCGAUCUAGUACUCGCCGCGAGCAUCACAGCAGCCGCCAUCGUAGUCGCAGUCGAAACCGCAAUCGCAGUCGCAGUCGCACAUUGCCGAAUGAUGUGAAACUCGAAGCGGAUAAGCUAGUGGCUUCUGCGGAGAAAAUACAGCGAACCAUCGAACAGGCUACUAAGGACCGAAUGCGCGAAGAGGAGCGCGAGAUUAAGGAGAACUUCCGACGGCAGACGAGCAGGGAUAGCCACAAUAGUCACGGAAACCACAUAAAUGUGCAACUGCCACCAGUGGAGUCCAAUGUCGAAGAUCGACAUGACAGCCGCCGCAACUCAACGACGGCCUAAAGAAUAAUGUAUUCAUAAAGUUAGUAAAUAAGAGGAGUUUGAUAAAUAAAUUGAUCAACAUUGUCC